AUGCCUCGUCAGCGCAAAGCUGCCGCGGGCGCUUCCGCCCAGCCCAAGGCGGCCCCACGCUCGAAACUCGCCAAAGAGCACAACAUCUCGGCCCAGGAAGAGGGUGAGAUCAAGGAAGCCUUUGGUCUCUUUUCCGAGCCCAUGGACGGGGAGAAGAACGGCGUCCUGCCCAUUGAAGACGUUAAGUCGGCGCUCAUCGCCCUCGGCAUUCCUCCCUCUGACCAAGCCGAGUUGAAAGACUUCCACUCGAUCCUCGAUCCCGACUCAGACGGCUACGCAACCUACGAACCCUUCUUCGCCAUCUGUGCGCUCAAGUUUCACGCCCGCGAGUCGGCCGACAAUGACGCCGCGCACCAGCAGCAGGUCGACGAAGCGUUUCGAUUGUUCACGAACGGGAGCGAGGGACCCAUCACACUGGCGCACCUGAAAAGAGUGGCGGCUGUUCUGAAAGAAGACGUCGACGAGCAGGUGUUGAAGGACAUGAUCCUCGAGGCCAACGGAGGUGCCGGGGUCUCGAGGGGCGUGGGAGUCACAGAGUUCGACGGGGUGAUGAAGAGCGCUGGCGUGUGGCGGUGA